UAAUGUCUGGUAGUGAUUCAGAACUUGAGAUGGUACCUUUUGAGGUAGCAAAGUAAGCAGAGACUUAAAGAAAAAGAUAAGUAGCUGAAUAGAAAACAUAAGCACACUUAAAGAAACUAUAAUAAAAGGAAUAAAUUAAACAGAAAAUUAAAAAGGAUAAGGAAAUAUAAUUAAAAGCAAAGCAAACUAAUUUAUUUGAAGAAGAACCUCCUGAAUAAAGUAGCAGUACUUAAUCUCAUUUUACUAAUAAUAAAAUUGAUGAAUCAUUCUAAAGAAAUUUGAAUGAAAAAUUAUCUGAAAAAGUUAUUAAAUCCAUUAAAAUGCCAUAAAUACAAUAAGCAACAACAAUUCCUAUAGAAAUUAAAUCAAAAAAAAGUAUUCUAUAUUCAUUAUUAUAGUUAUUAAGAAAUUUAAUGAAAAAGUUACAAUAGAAACAUUAGGAAGAGAAAUAAAUCAUAAAAAAAAUUCAUAAUAAUCGCUCAAUUUCCUUAAAUAACAUUUGAUUGACAAACAGUAAAGAGUUCCUAUUUCUAAGAUUAUUUCAAAAAAAAUAUGAGU